UAUAUCCUGGCCAUAGCUCUCACUGAGCUAUUCAAAUUUUCGGGCAGAAAUUUCUAUAACUUUUCCGGUCUUUUCUCCAAAUUAAUUUUCCAUAAAAUUUCCAAAAAUGCCUCCCAUUGAUGCUUCAAACGAGGAGACCUACUCGUUGGUAAUCCUUGGGGCCUCGGGGCUUCUGGCCCGGCAGAAGCUGUUUCCAACUUUGUGGACUCUCUUUCGGGACAAUCGACUACCGCAGAACCUCCGGAUAUUCAACUUCUGUCGCACUCUGCUGCAAACAAAAUCCCUGCGAAUCCAGGUGCUGCCCUACAUGAGCCUGGACAGAACCAAAGACCCCGACAAGUACAAUCGUUUCUGGAAGAUUGUGGACUGCAUCCAGGGCGAGUACGACAAGGUGGAGCACUUUAUGUCUUUGGCGGAGACAAUUCUGGAACAUGAGGCACAGUAUCCACAGUCACAGGCGAAUCGCAUCUUCUAUUUGGCUCUACCACCGGUGGUCCUCGAUGCAGUUGCCCAAAAUAUCAGUCGCAAAUGCGGCUCUCCAACAGGUUGGACAAGGAUAGUCCUGGAGAAGCCCUUCGGCCGCGACGAUCUUACGUACCGGCCCUUCCAAAACAUGCUGUGCAGCUGUUUCAAGGAGUCGCAGAUCUUCCUCAUGGACCAUCUGUUGAGCAAGAGGGUUCUUCAGAACUUCCUGGCGCUGCGUUAUGGCAAUUACUUGUGGGGCGCCACUCUGAACAAUCAGCACGUGGCCGCCGUGAUGAUCUCGGUAAAGUGCGAGCACCCUGUGAAGGCCUCGCAAGCAGAAUACUUCAACCAGAUGGGUAUUAUCCGCGACCUGAUGACGAAUCACAUGAUCCAGAUUCUGGCCAUGAUCAUCAUGGACCAGCCGUAUGCAAAUACGGCCGAGGAUUUGCGUUCGGAACGAUUGAAGGCUCUGCAGCAGGUGCUGACUCUCACUAUGAGCGAUCUGGUUUUCGCCCAGUAUCGCAACAACGGGCGUGAGGGGGAUCCCGCCAAGUGCGGCUACUUGGAGCACAACUACAUACCCAAGGACUCUAUUCAGCCCACUUUCGCCCUGGCGGUGCUCAACGUCAAUAGCCGGCGCUGGAGGGGCGUGCCCUUCAUCCUGCGGGCGGGAAAGGCUCUCAACGACAGCAAGUCCGAGGUGCGGAUCCAAUACAAGCCGGUGCCCACUUGCGACGCCUUCUACAGCGCCAGUGGGGAGGCGAGGAACGAACUGGUUCUUCGCUGGCAUCCCACGGAGGAGGUCUUCAUGCGUGUGCGCCUUAAGCGGCAGGGCGAAGAUAAGUCCCUGCGUGAGACGGAGCUCAAUCUUCGGGUGGACGACCGCGGCCCGGGAUCACGUGGACUUGACCACUACUCCCAGUCCUUAAUGGAUGUAUUUAACGGGGAUCAGGCCUACUUUAUGCGCACUGACGAGCAGUGCGAAAUCUGGCGCAUCUUCUCCCCGAUCCUCAACACCAUCGAGACUGAUCGUCCACGUCCCAUAUAUUAUGAUUUCGGAUCAAGAGGACCUGCGCAGGCCUAUCAGUUGGCCGCUAACGCUGGCUUCGCUUUCUUCGCCUCGGACGAGUGGCACGAAAGUGAGGAGACGCUGGAGUACACGCUGAAGAAGAGCCGGAUCCUCAUUGGGCCCCACACCGCCCUCAAGCCGGAGCGGCAGAACAAAGCUGAUAAAAUCUCAACGUUCAGCGGCAAGUCGCUGCCGAAGGGCUAAUAAAAUCAACAGCAAAAGUUUUUUAAUUAAACAAGUGCUGAAGCUAGGGCUACUGCUGCACCAGAUGGCCAGCAGUAACCACCUCCACCUCCAGCCUCUGCACCUUGACCGCUCCACUGGCCCUGGCUUAGCCCCGAGCCAUCAACACUAUCCAUCCCGGUCACUUCGGCUCCGCUCUGCUGCAGUUGUUGCCAUGUUGUCCUGGAAGGGAAUAAAUAACACGCAUGAUUUGGCCAUUGUCCCUUGGCUGUGCUGGUGGUCGCAAGGAGCUCGUAAAUAACAGGGGAGAGUUUCUGUGACGAUCAAAGGGAACUGCGGAAUGCUCUAGAAAAAUUGUUAUAAAAUUGUA